UAUGGACACACAUGAAGUUGUCACACUCAAAUGUAACACACUCAAAAUGGCUUCCGUCAAAGAUACAGCAUCAUUUUUCGCCAAUGGUAAUUCCAAACAAUUCGAAUAUGUGCUCAAAUUGUAUCCUCAAGUGUUAAAAUUGAAAGCUGAAAAGCGCCACAAACGACCAGAAGAACUCAUCAGGCUGGAUGAUUGGUAUCAAAAUGAACUACCGAAGCGAAUAAAGCAACGUGGAAAGGAUGCCCAUAUGGUGCAUGAAGAAUUGGUGCAGACGAUGAAAUGGAAACAGACACGUGGAAAAUACUAUCCACAAUUAUCGUAUCUGGUUAAGGUAAAUACCCCGCGUGCCGUGAUGCAGGAAACAAAGAAAGCCUUCCGGAAGUUGCCGAAUAUAGAACAAGCUAUAACGGCAUUGUCAAAUUUAAAAGGGGUAGGAACAACAAUGGCUAGUGCCCUUUUGGCAGCAGCAGCACCAGAAAAUGCACCAUUUAUGGCUGAUGAAUGCCUAAUGGCUAUACCAGAAAUUGAAGGUAUUGAUUAUACUACCAAGGAGUAUCUCAAUUUUGUAACACACAUCCAGACAACAGUUAGGCGUCUUAAUUCGGAAAAUGAGACCAGUGCCUUCUGGUCACCGCACAGAGUGGAACUAGCUCUGUGGACACAUUAUGUGGCAUCGGAACUUCAACCUGAAUUGCUGAAAGAGAUACCAGGCGGAGGAGGAGGAGGAGGAGGAGGUGAAAUAACAAAGAAUCAUGUGGCAAAUGGUAUCAAUGCCACAUCACUCGAACCAUCAGAUGACAGCAAUCUCGAACCUGCGGCUUCAAAUGGUACAACAAGAGGACUCGAUAGUCUGGAUGAGAGUACACGCUCAGAAGAUAGCCUGGAGAAGCCAAUAACGCCGAUUCUCACUAAUGACGAGACGAAUGGCAGCGAUUCGCAAAGCAGUAUCAAGAGAUUCGCAGACUGCGACAGCUCCGAAGAACAGACUGAAUCGAGUGAGCCGGAAAGGAAGAGAUCAAAGAACAGCGAGAAGGAGUGAGUAGGGUGUCGCGCCACCAAGCGGAAUUUUUUUUUCUACGAAAAAUUUUUUCAAAAAAAAAAACAACAACAACACAGAUGGCGGUUACAAAACAACAACAACAACAAAAGAAAAGUUUACACAGGAUUUCUAUUAUUAUUAUUAUUAUUAUUAUUAUUAAUAUUAUUAUUUUAUUUUUUUUUUUCAUUACGAAUUUCUACAGCAUCAACUUCCUUUUCUCUAUUUACCAUUUUUUCAGCACAGAGUUUUAGAAGAAAAAAAAAGCCUUUUGCUGUUUCUUUUUUUUGUGUCCUUUAUUUAAUUUUUUUUUAGUAAAAAAGAAAUUUUUUUAGAAAAAAACCCUGAAAUCCUUAUCCAAAAAAAAAAAUAAGAUUCCCCUUUAAAGUUUUCCCUGGCAUUUUCUUUUUCUUUUUCCUUUUCUUUUUUUUUGAUAUGAGAGCAAACCAGAUAUAGAUAAAAUUUAGUGGUGUAGAGAGAGAGAGAGAGAGAGCGAGAGAGAAGGUACGAUGAUUAUUUAAUAAUUAAAGAGAAAAAAAUGAGAAAAAAAGAGAUUUAAGAAGAAAAUGAAGAAAAAAAUAUAACAAAAAAUGAAAAAAAAAACAAUAAGAG